AUGUCAUCAUCCUCCGAGAGUGGAGUGUCAGACACCAUAGACCCGAUAGCCAUCGUUUCAGAAGACGAGAUCUUUCCAGAGGACGAGGUUUUCACUUCAGAUACUAUGAGUAGCGACGACGAUGACUUUCAGCCCUUCGCCUUACCGGAUUUCGGUGAUGAUUUACCUUUAGCUGAUGGUUUUCUUGACGGGGAUCUACCCCUUGCUCAGAUCCCUGCACCUAUUCCUCUUGUUGCUUUUCCUGUUGAGGAGCUGCCUCUCGACGAUAUGUUGGACGAUGACGUUGAUCUCUUCAUCGAGGGUCCCCCUGAGGAUGACCAGGAUGGUGGGGCUCCGAUUGAUGAUGAUGUUGCUAUUCCUCUUGAUGAGAUUCCUGUUGUCGAUGCCAUUGUUUUUCUACCUGUUGAGGUUCCUGUUGUGGAGGUUUUAUCUGACCAGUCUGGUCCCGAUUCGUUUGAGUCUGUGUCAUCUUCUACUCUUCAUGAACUGGGAUUACAGCGAUAUCCCUCAGACACUAAUUCUGACACUGCUACGUCCGCAGUGCCUGUUCCGCCACAGGAUUUUGAGUUCGACGAUGAGUUUGACCCUGAUUUUCCACACGACCUUGAUCCAGACCAUGAGGUUGAGUUUAUCCCUGAGGAGCAGCCUGUUGAGGCACCUGUUUUUCCUGAUGAUCAGCACCUUGAUGUACCCGCUGAUUAUGAGCUUGCUCCCGCCGACCCAGAGCCUGAGAGAGCACCAGAGCCCAUUUUUGCUCACGACCCUUUAUCUGUGCACGACCCUAUCCCUGUUGAUGUACCAGUUGUUGCACCACCAGUUGUUGAUGUUCCAGUUGUUGCACUGCCUCUGCCUGACCCGAUACCUGUGCUUAUUGAUCGCGCCCCUUUUGCUACACACGUUGACCCUAGAUAUGCUCACACCCGCAAUGGGUGGAUUGAGGAUGACGAUGACUAUCCUCCUUUUGUCAGACCAGUUACUCCCCCUUCUGCACAUGUUCAGGCACCCAUUGAUGUCACACAGUUUCACCCACACUUGUCGGAUGUUCACCGCACAGAUUUACCAGUCACGUUUCUUCAGGAUAUCCCUCCUCCCCGUCCCGGGGAGGGUCCAUCGAGUCAGCCUUCUGGUCGUGUACCUUUUGUGUCUGGAGCCGAUCAGUUCAUGCCACAGUUUCCACACACGGCUUCUUCUUCUGCACCCACGGGCGAGCCAUUUAUGUGGUUUUCUCCCAACGUCAUGCCUUUAUCUGAUCCUUACCAUCCCUUCCACAUUGGAUAUUUGAGGGAUGACCUGCUUUUAUCCCUGCAGCUCGAGCAGGAUAUGUUGAGUCGUAGAGUCGCUGAGCUCGAGAGGAUCCCGCAUCCUCCACCUGGUGCUGGUCCGUCACAGUUUGUUGCUCCCCCUGCUCCACUGUUUCCUUACCCGGAUUUUGACAUCCGUUUUCUGACUAUGGAGCAGCAGAUUGGUUGUUUGUUGCAGCUUUUUCAUGCGCUCGAGGAUGAGCUAGCGCAUAUGCACCGUUUGCUUUUCAUUCCUCCACCUCCUCAUCCUCCCCCUCCCCCAUCAGCUUAG